GAAAAAUUGAUCGCGAUACUACUACUUGAUGGCAUCGACGAUGAUGGCAGGCGACCCAUUCCGUUAGGCGGCGGCGCCGUUUGCCGCGGCAACGCCAUGUCCAUCACGGCUUGAUGGAAGGGGCCGCGCGUGUGCAUGACGCUCACUUUGCCAUUGACGCCGCACCUGCAAUCACGGUCAUGUUUGUGCUCGUCGCGCUCUCGUUGUUGGCGUCGAUUGCUUCGAGCAACGUGUGCCCCCUUGGCGCGCUCCAAACGGCGCUCGGAUCGGUCGUGAUGACGGCGGAUGCAGCCGAUUGCGCCAAAGCCCUCGGGACAUCGCCGACGGACGUUGUGCUCGCCAAGGCGAGUGGAUCGAUGGCUCAAGUCGCCAGUUGCGGCCGUGUUCUCGACCAAAAGCGACUUGUGUUGACCCAAAUGACGUGUACCCACGACGUGGCCACGGAUGCUGCUGCCGCUGCCGCUGCUGCAGCUGUCGUGCCCCAUCUUGUCAUCCACCAGUUGCCUGAACAACCGGCCUCUCCAUCCGUGGCUCCGCCGCCGAUGAACACUGCUCCUCCUCGAGUUGCCGAACGCCCGACGCAAGCCAACGCCGUGGCCUCCGCUCUUCAAGCGAAUGGCCCUCGCCAGGCAGAUGUCCCUUUGAAUGGUGCCACUACGACUCCAGCACAGAUUCCACAUCACGCGACUGCUCCUCCUCGAGCGCAUGCACUUCUUCCGGCCAACGUCCAAAGUGGCCCGCGCCAAGGUGACGUCCCACCUCGCUCGGUUGACGACGCUGCAGCAGCCUCUCGUCUAGCAAACGAUCCCGUGGCACCGGUAGCCCCUCGUCGCCAAGACGACGCGCCGCAGCCAGCCCUACCUACUACUGCACCGCAUCCACAACCGAACGUGCCUGUGGAGCCUGUGCUGGCUGCUGCCGCAGACAACACCACGUCGACACCAAACACAACGCGGGCCUCCAACAUGACGACGCGGCAAGCCACCACGAUAGCUGUCUCAACGAUGCAGCCCACCACAACGACGCAAUCCCCCUCGACAACUCACACUCCAACGACAACGACGCAGCGUUCACCCACGACAACUCCACCAUCGGGAGGUGCUCGGGUGGUGCUGGCAGCGCACUGGUCGGUCUUGGUCAUGGUCGGUGGUGGGUUGUGGGCUGCUGCGGCACCCUAAGGCACGUUCGACUGGCCGCCACAUUCUGUUGCAUAGACAUUGAUUUCUUGUGUUUGACAAUUCCAAUGCAUGUGCGUCCUGA